UUCUUUUUCCUCUUUCUGCUUUUUCUCCCCCACUUUUGGUCUCCAACAAUGGCCGAGACACCCAUCUCAGUCCCUGCAGCUCCAGCCGGGUCGGACCCUGAUUACUGGUGCUACCAGUGUGACAAACGGGUUGCCGUUGAAACCCUACCCGAUCUUCCCGAUCUCAUUUGCACCGACUGCAAGAACGGCUUCGUCGAGUCCAUACCCUCACACGCUGCUGUUUCCGUCACUCCGGUUACGGGUUCCGAUCAGAUCGAUGAUCCUACUUUCGGCAACCAGUUCAUCCAGGUCCUCCGGCUCAUCGCUGAGGCAGCGCGUGACAACGACGCGCCCCCUCCCCCGCCAUCUGAGCACGCUGAUCAUCAUUCCGAUGACGAUUACCUCCGUGUUGAGCUGGACGGUUGGGGAAACGACGACGACGAUGACGAUGACGAGGAGGAGAACGAGCACGACAUCGAGGUUAGAAAUGUUGUUGACGGAGAGAAUCGCGGGAAUAGAAGCCAAUCUGAGGACGAGGAUGAUGAUGAAGAAGAUGAUGGAGGAGAAGACGAUGAUGUUGAUGAGGAUGAAGGAAACGAGAAUCGCGGCGGCGGCGACGAAGAGGAUGUCCGGCGAAGGCGGCGGGAAGUGCUCCGUCUCCGACUCCGUGACUUUGCCGCCAGAGCCGCCAAUCGGCGCAACCGGAUUCUUGAUUGGGCAGAGAUUCUGAUGGGACUUGAAGACCACUCGAUUGAGCUCCGAUUACAAGUUCCGGACGUCGACGGCUACAUCGGAAACCCUGGGGACUACGUGGAUGCGGCGGGUUACGAAGCUCUGCUGCAAACCCUAGCUGAGAGUGAUGGUAGCGGAAGGCGAGGAGCUCCACCAGCUUCCAAGACUGCAAUUGAGGGUCUUGAUACAUUGGUGAUCAAGGGAGAACAGGAAGUAAUGGCAUGUGCCAUUUGCAAAGAUGUAGUUAACUUGGGCGAAAUGGCGAAGAAAUUGCCAUGUGGGCAUGGUUAUCAUGGUGAUUGUAUAGUUCAGUGGCUGGGUUCGAGGAAUUCUUGUCCAGUGUGUAGGUUUGAAUUGCCUACAGAUGAUCCUGAAUACGAAGAGGAGAGAAAGAAGCGAGGAGUAUGCAUUAGCAGCAGUGGUUCUUCGAGCUCGGGUGAGGCGGCUGCUACUGCUGCUGCUAAUGAUGAUAAUGCUAGUUGCCUCUGAUUGAUGCUUUUGUGGUAAAAUCAGCCAUUGGCAUACUUUUUAGCUUUAUUCUUGCUUAUUUUCUUUUUCUUUUCUUAAUUUUGAAAUUUGAAUGCUCUGGUGAUUGUUUUUUAGUGUUUCACCCUCUCUCCCCCCUUGUAUUAAAUGUAAUAAUCUGUUUAUCUUAAUGCUGAUAUGAAUUUGCUAUUGCACAAAUAUCAUUUUACUCUAUUNUAUG